ACAGAGUAAAGGGUGAUGCUGAAGAUGUGUGUCAGUCCCACACGUGUACAAGAGGAUGAUGAGCGUGUGCUCUGUCAGUAUCAUUGAUCCUAACAUCAGGCAGCAGAUCUGCUCUCUCAAGGGUCACCAUAUUCCCAGAUUCUCUCAGCUCUCUGUGACUCUCUCCCUCACCCCCACCCCUCCACCUGUUCCCCUGAGACACAGUCAUUGUCCCCCAGCAAUAAGCACUUCAUUCAGCAUGUGACAGCCACGCACGCCUCAUUGUCCUCACAAGCUCUCCCAUUGGCUACACACUGUGGGAAAGUCCAACAAGACCAAGACCCACACAUUGGUAUGGAGAUUUGGGACUAUAAAUAAGAGAGGUGAAGCCAGCACAGAUCAGACUCACUCUACACAGAGACCUCUACAGCACAGACACACAGCCAUGGCACCUACAGUACCUGCAGCAAUGACCUACUCUAAGGAGCACCUGAUUCUGACCAACAAGCUGAGAAAACCAAUGGUGGAGAAGAUGCGCAGAGAUCGUAUCAACAGCAGCAUUGAGCAGCUCAAGUCUCUCCUUGGACCAGCAUUUCUGCAGCAGCAGCCAGACUCCAAGCUGGAGAAAGCAGACAUCCUGGAGAUGGCAGUUUUCUUCCUCAAACGACAGCCUGUGAGCAGCUCCUCCUGCUCUUCCCCUGUCAGUCAGGGGUACUCCAAGUGUGCCCAAGAGAUCAAGCAUUUCCUGUCCAGGGAGGAAGUGAUGUCACAAUCCCAGAGAAGACUUCUGAACCAUUUCCAGAACCUGCCGCCUUCCUCUGAUAUGACCAAGAGUCAGAGUGUGUUGCCUCAGCUGAACUCUCCAGCCAGACAGACCACCAGCAAAGAGGAGACUCCAGUCGAAGGCGCCCUCUGGAGGCCCUGGUAGAGUCCUGCAGACUUUCACUGGACACUCAGACUAACAGAAUUGAAGAGGCUAAGAUGGGCCUGGACAAUAAUUCUCAGUGUGUAGGAAGUGUUUAUCUUCCUCUUCUGCAUGUGCAGGAGUUUAAAGAUAUACUCUCAAUGAGAAAGUCCAAGACUUACAAGUAGUAUUAUGCAACACCUUACACAAACACACACGCACGCACACACACGCAAACACACAAAACACACAUUUCUAUGGAUUUAAUUUCUUUUGCUUGAAGUCAACUGAAGUUCAUUUAGAAAGGACUUGUUGCUCAAUAUUUGUUACUUCUGAUCGUAACAAUUUCAAGUUCAGCAGUGUUUUGAAAAAUUCAUGGCGAUCGUUUUCUCAUAUUGAGUAUGCCUUUUUGCAGGAUAUUUUGGGUGAUUUUAUUGUUUAUGUUAAUAAUAAUAACCUUCUAUGAAGGAAUUAUGGAAUUGUUAUCUUGUAGCAUAUACUGUAUAUGCUUUGUGGAAGAAAGAUACUAUAUGUCACAUUACAAAGACCAAACUGAUUUCAUGUCAAUUUUUUAUGAUAAUUUGAAUUUUAGUAUAACAUCACAAAUUAAUGUAUAGUACACAGAAUUGUCAGUAUUCCCACUGAUGUUCGAGAUAUUUUAACCUGUGGAAGCUGUUAGUAUCUGCUGGUCUUUUAUAAAGGUCUUCAAUUCUCAUGUAUUGAAUACUCUGUUAGGAGUAUCUUCCUGUCUUGAAGAUGUCUUCAAGCAAUGGUAGUGAUGAUGUAUCACUUUAAAUUUCACUAAGAAUAUGUUAUUUUGCUUUCUAUGGAAGCAUGUUUAUUGUUCAGAAUUACUUAUCCAUUUCUAUGCAAUAUUUCUUUGCAGUAAUGUUUACAAACCAAAAAUAAAUGGUAAAAAUCA